CGCCCACUUUGCCGCCACGACCUCGAGGCUUCAGCCUACAAGCUCCUCACUGGCGAUCUUAAGAAGAAUUAUGUCUGACGGCUCUAGUCUACGACAGUCAUGGUACGAUGCAUUGAGCAAGGCGGAAACUCAUUUUCGACAACUUCUCUCCUCUUCAUCACCGAAUGAAUGGAAACGCCUUUCUGUUGCGAAUGAGCCGACCUCCAGCAGGAAAGGGAAAUCUCGCAUGACAUCCACCCCGGAGCUGUCUGACGUGGUAAUUCAUCGAAAUUCGACGAAACCAGGGGACGAUAUAUAUCGCCUCAUUCUAGAGGUGCCCAUUACAGAAGAGUCGGUUUCUUUGGAGUCGUGGAAGAUGGUGCUGUCCAUUCCUGAGCUGAGGAAGGAAUGGGAUCCUGCGGUCGUAGAAUCUCAUAUGGUAGAGAUGUUUGACCAUACAGCACGGAUAUCCAAGACGAAUUUCACACUGGGAUGGCCUGCAAAUCCGCGUGACGCGGUUACGAUAUCGCGUUCCUUUCACGACCCGACCACAUUUAUUGACGUCUCUACCUCGUUACCUCGGUCCCCCGACGAACCAGUGUAUCUGCGCCCCUCGCCUCCCUAUGUUCGGUCAAACGUGACUUUAUUCGCUUGGUGUAUACAACAUAUACAACCCUCACAGUCGACAAAUGACGGCGAUCCUAUUAAGAGGCGGCCGUCUCUUGGAGGACGAAUUCGAGUUACCUGCUUCUGGCAGCACGAUCUUAGGGCCGUCUGGAGCAUCGGAUCGUCGUCAGGCAUAGUGCAACAGCUAUCUACCAUGGUGCUGGGUCUGUACAAGACAGUUCUCAAACGUGGGAUGCGUAUUCCAAAACUGAUUGGAUUUGGAAAUGGCGUUACUAUAGAACGCGUCCGUUUUCAAGUCGACAGAGAAGCCCUCACCAUUAACUACUCCAUCAUACCCGACGAAGAGGAACAUAAAGUUAUGUCUUCUUCAGAGUUCUCUCAGGGUCUAGAUGCACUACAUGCCAUCCGAGAGCAUCGACGUCUCACUCGCUCGAUCGAAUGCAUUUUACCUUCAUCCGUCGGCUGGGACGUACAAAUCUCUGUCAAAGCAUCAUCCGAAGAGGUGGAAAGACUUCCGUGGUCAGCACAUGCGACCCGAACGAGUUCACAUUCAACCUCAGCUCCACUCGAUCAGAUAUUAUUCCGGCUCUCUCAUGCACCACUUAUUGACGAGCAUUCUGUUCUCAGAGUCAAAGUGAUAAUUGAAAUUUCUGGUCCGUCGAGUGGUCUCCGCUUGAACGGUAUCCCUCAUACGGUACAAGAAGUGGAAGAACGAGAUCCUUCGUCUUUCACCAUUUCUGCACAGAUUCUUCAGGAUGUCUCUAGCGCUGCUGGUCUAAGCUUCGAUACCACCUCGUCCCUCAAUACCAGCGUAGCUAGUGCUACUAGUGUCGCCUCUACUUCAUCUACCCCCACGAUAACUCGUCCACAUACCGAACGUUCUCCAGCCGCUGAGAAGUCUAUUUUGUCUCGCGUCAAGAGGAAUUACAUAUAUUUCUCCUCCCUGCUGCAAGAGCCCGAAGCUAAGUGGAAACGAAAUACGGAGGCUCGUGGAGUUACGAUCACUCAAUUGGAUUCUAUUGAUCCAACUCUUGUAGUAUAUCGAGCUGAAGCAACUUUCGUCGGUGUUGGGCUUUGGGACCUCUACGGCGCUAUCGUGACACCUGGGGUCAGAAAUUAUUGGGACAAGCAGCAUGAAGACGCCGUACUAUUGGAAGACGUCAACGACCUUACCGAACUUUGGCAUCUGAAAACGAAGCCUGCUUGGCCAGUCAAUGGUCGAGAUGCUGUCGUGCUCAAGACUGUCUAUAAAUCCCCUACCACCAUCCAUGUAUUCGCCUUUUCUGCAGACGAUCCACAUCUCUUCCCCGUCAUCCCACCUGCAGAGCCUAACGUCAUCCGCACUCAGGUGGACCUGCAGGGCUGGGCGAUCGAGGCACUGUCACCAACAACCAUCCUCGUCACCCUACUCGAACAGUCAGAUCCCAAGGGUUGGACGAAUAAGACGUCGGUACCCACGCAGAUGAUGAAUGCCUUAGCAGGUAUCGGCGAAUUUACCAUAAAGUGCGGUGGUCCGCCAGUGAUGACGCGCUUAGCUGGGGCGAAGGCGAAUGAAAUCCGCUAUGAUCACGAACGAAUGAAUUUCAGAAUCGAAUAUGAAGUUUCUGCCAGUCGAUCAAAUGAUACAAGUGGUGAUACGGCAUCAAAUAGUCUGAGUUUGCAGACAUUGCCCAUCAUUGAAUGUGAACUCAGAUGUGACAUUGAUACGUGGGCAUCUUCGUUGGAUAUUGUGAUCGAUCCGCCACCACAGUCAAUCUCGUGUCUUCGAAGACACCGGUUAUCUGAAGAAGGUGGUGGAUUGUGGUUGACCAUCAUCCAUGACGCCGUUUUCGUCGACGAUGAGCGCUUAUUGGCUAUUGUGCGUCGUGGUCCUGGAAAGGAAAAAGGAGUUGUUAUGGUGAACGGAGCAAAGGUGAACGUCGACGUUGAGGAGAUCCCCGAGCAGGAGAUCAAGUUCCUGUCAAAGCGAAAACGCGUCAAACCUGUGCGAAUACCCCUUGAUCAACCUCCUGUCGUUGGAGUUAUUCGCAAGCGUCGAGAGGAAUGGGAUGCUGAUUCAGAGGGCACUUGUGCUACCUCGGAGCCUAGCGCAAGUGUGACGAGUGCAACGUCGUCUGGAUGGGCUUCUGCUCCUCAAAUAUCAAGUCCGCUUGCACGCUUCUUCAUGUUCUCGUCUGAUCAGACGUCGUCUUCGGCACCUCAAUCGGCCUCCUCAAUCAUUUCGACCGCGAACGCUGGCAGCAUACCAUCUGCCACAAAAUCUCCCAUGCAACAUGCUUUAGAUGCCCUGGCUUGGACUCAAGAAACUCACUCCGGUAUCAAUUCACAAGCAUGGAUCCCAGUCAGCGAUAAAGGAAUGUCGGUCCGACGCAAGAUAUGCCCGGAGAUAUCUCCGAGUAUCCCCAUUCACAUGGGCGAGAAGGUAAUCGAAGGCGUGUCAGCAGAGGAACUCGCAUCCAUCGUGACUGAAUACGACUGUCGGAAGAAGUGGGAUGAACGAUUCGAUUCUGCCAUCAUGUUGGAAUCCUAUGGUGCCGAUUGCCGGACGUGCUUUGUGGUAUCGAAGAGUUCAUUCCCGUUCCGAGAUCGUGGAAUGUAUUUGGCGAGUGUUAUGGCUCGAGCACAUGCAUUUCCUUCCCUGUUGAGGAGCGAUGCGGGAGAAGUGGCGGAGCAAUCAUCAAAUGGUUCGCGCAGUGCUAUCUAUUGUGUUUCCGUAUCUUUCAACCCCGGAUCGGUGUCGUCGUUUUCUGUAGGAAAGUACAAUCCGUACAUCUUGCCUAUUGGACGCGUGUUCAUUGACGCUUGGAUACUGGAGACGCUGGAUCCUUAUACGAAGGAAAAUUAUGCAGUGCCGUCGUCGCGAUGUACGAGGCUGGUUGCGGUUGACUAUGCAGGGUCUCUUCCUACUGCUGUUAACUCCAUGAUAAACGCGGCUCUCCCUCGGGCGAUAUUGGGCGUGGAGACAUUUGUCAAGAGUAUCUCACCGCUUCCUAUAACCCGGUUGCCUGCGCCUGGGUUCGUAUUGGCUGAGAAGAAGGACGAAGCACAAGUCGGGGACCUAUCUUGGAAGCUCAGACGGCGAGACGACAUCCGAACACUUAUUAGAACAAACUACAAGCACGAUUCACGUGUCUACACGACUACAAUCCUCAUCAGUUUUCCUUCCUUGUUGUCUCACGUUGGGACACGAUCAUCACGCAGUCCAGACACGCAGUCGGCUCCUCGUUCUACUAGACUUCCGCCAAACGAUGGAAUGCCACCAUCGAUAUCAGAAACUUUGCAAAGCAGUGCGUCUACCAUUUCAGGGUUGCCUCCACCCUCAUCGGCGACUCCGUCACCGUUAACGCCGAUGGCGUCUCCAUCGGCGUCACCGACAUCCCGCCAGCGUUCAGUAUCUAAUACAUCCUUUUCUGGCGAGCUCUCUCUACGUGGCCGAUCGUCUUCAGCUUUCACCGUUAAGGGCGAGGUUCGCCAAACUACGGAUCUGCUAGUUGGAGAACUGGCUGUGGAUUCAAAGUUGUAUCCGGACGGGUACACGGUGGUACUGAAAUCGAGAGCACGUGAACGAGGUUCUCAAGGACAACCUGGCCUUAUUGACCUUCAGUUACUGGGUGAUACAGGGCAAUGUGUCUUACCGCUGGCUUAUACGAUUCAUACCAUACCUUUAUCCCCACUGCAUUCGUCGGGUAUGAACGCUGGAAGCCCGACGAGACAUUUACUGAGAUUGACGUUGCCUACUGCGCAGUACCAGAUUUCGACUGUCAAAGACCCACUGACGGGAGAAAUACAGAGUGCACCACCUAAGCCACAGUGGUUUAUUGAUAUGGAGGAGUGCGGGGUCAUUGUUGAUGUUGAAGUACGGCCGCUUGGGAUGGGAAGAAAGAAGGGAGUAACGGUUUUGGUAAAUGAUUUGGAGACUACGGUUGCUGUUGUUGGUGAGAAAGAGUCACUGACAACGCUUGGACGCGAUGAAUUAUCAGACGACAGAGUGUCGAAGAUGGGACUGCUCUCAAGGUCCACGAGUGAAACGGAACCGCUGCCGGUUGAAUUGCUCACGCCCAUAGCGCUUGAUUUCAGGCUCCUGGACCCUGCUUCUGCUUCGAACUUGAAGAGUGAUGAAAGUGAGGAUUUGCAGGAAGCUGAAGAGCGGGGAUCAAGCACAGAGGGCAACGAAGAUGGACCGAAAGCGCAUGCAGCUGAUCUUCCUGCGACGCCUCACGCGUCUCAGACACCGGUGGGUGGAUUGCUCGGAUUCUUGCAGUCGUACCCGAAUCCGCUCACACGAUUCACUGCGAAUGGGACGAAUGGGAUGCCGGCAUUGACGGCAGCAAGUUCGGGAGCUGGAUCAGUCCGGAAGCUGCCUGGGGGCUUGUCUGAUAUCGAUGCGAGUACAACGCUAACAUGCCGCAAGGAGGCAAUACCAAGACAGUAUCCUUUGUCGACACUCAUCAUCAUUGCACUUAUCGCAUUCUUGAUUGGGUCGCUCCUUCGAUCACUCUUGUCACCAGCUGACUUCAUUUAUGUCGUUACCGACUUGAAGGAAGCUGAAGAAGCGAAUAACAUCAGUGGAUGGAGGGAGAUACGCCGGUUGUUCGAGGUGAAGUAUAUACUUGCUGGAUGGGAUUUCCAGAUAGCGGUGGUGCGACGACACUGAGUUUGUGUAUGACAGAUAGGCAACAAUAGAAUGAGGCAUAUCAAUAUGCUAUGCGCAAUAUGUUGCUGAUAGGAAUGCUAAUCUGAG